AACAUCGCACAUCCUUCACCGACGACGAUGGCAAUGGCGGCUGCGCCGCCGCGUCGGUAGAAGGGACACUUCAAUUCGCGAGGGUCCCUGCGUCCACUGACAACGGUAGGACCGUAGGGGUAGACAGAUUUUGAAGUGAAAAAUAGGAGUAACAGAAGAUUGCCUCAGUCCAGUCCCCGUCGCGAUCCCAUCCUUCCCUCAUCGGCAAGGCACCGCCGCGCCGAGCCGCCGACAGCUCGCUCGUCGAGGGCGGCCAUGAAACCCCUGGGCGCGCACGGAGCCGACCUGCUCUGCGGCCCGCGCGUCGUCCGCGCCGCGGUCCUCGCCAUCGCCUGCGCCGCCGCCUUCAUCGUCGGGUACCACUGGUCCGACUCCUCCCCGCGCCUGCUCUUCUUCUCGUCCACCGCCGCCUCGCCGUCGCUCCUCUCCACCGGUUCCCCUUCCGUAGUCGUCUCCCCCAACGCCAACCUCUCCUUCGACCCGUCCCUGAUCCCCACCUCUGCCGCUGGGGUCUCCGCCUCUGCCACCGCGCCGCCUGCUUCUCCUAGUGCCAAUGCCUCGCCCCCACCUGCGCUGCCGCCGCCUCCGCCGCUGCCGACACCGCCUCCUCCCCUCCUCCCCCCGCCCCCUCCCGCACGCCUCGGCAUCCUGGGCGAGGACGGCGCGAUGCGGGACGACUUCGACGUCGGCGGCGCCGCCAACGAUACCGAUCUGGCUAGCGACGAGGCGCUGCCGCAGGAGCCGACCGACGCGACCCCUGUGGGAGGGAACAGAGUUCGGAUUGGGAGGUUCCCGGUUUGUCCUGAGAGCUUGCGGGAGUACAUACCGUGUCUUGACAAUGAUGAAGAGAUAAGGAAGCUGCCCUCGACGGAGCGCGGCGAGCGGUUCGAGCGGCAUUGCCCUGCCAAGGACAAGGCUCUGAGCUGCCUCGUGCCGGCGCCCAAGGGUUAUAAGAUACCCAUCCCCUGGCCUCGGAGCAGAGACGAGGUAUGGUUUAGCAAUGUACCUCACACACGGUUGGUUGAUGACAAAGGAGGGCAGAAUUGGAUUACCAAAGCUAAAGAUAAAUUUAGGUUUCCUGGAGGAGGAACUCAAUUCAUCCAUGGAGCAAAUCAAUACCUGGAUCAGAUUUCUCAGAUGGUACCAGAUAUUGCAUUUGGCUCUCAUACGAGAGUUGUCCUGGAUGUUGGCUGUGGAGUAGCAAGUUUUGGUGCAUACUUACUCUCACGUGAUGUGCUGACAUUAUCCAUAGCUCCCAAAGAUGUUCAUGAGAAUCAGAUACAGUUUGCUCUUGAGCGUGGUGUGCCUGCCAUGGCAGCAGCAUUUGCGACACACCGAUUAUUAUAUCCCAGUCAAGCAUUUGACUUAAUCCAUUGUUCACGCUGCAGAAUAAAUUGGACCCGCGAUGAUGGAAUCCUGCUUCUGGAGGUUAAUAGAAUGCUGAGAGCUGGUGGUUUUUUUGCUUGGGCAGCACAGCCUGUUUAUAAGCAUGAAGAGGCUCAGCAAGAAGCAUGGAAAGAGAUGGAGGAGCUUACAGCACGGCUUUGUUGGGAGCUUGUGAAGAAAGAGGGAUAUAUUGCUAUGUGGAGGAAACCAUUAAAUAACUCAUGCUACAUGAACCGUGACCCUGGGGUCAAACCUGCACUUUGUGAUACUGAUGAUAAUCCAGAUGAUGUCUGGUAUGUCAAUCUGAAAGCGUGUAUCAGUCGACUUCCUGAAAAUGGUGAUGGAUCGACUCCCUAUCCAUGGCCUGCACGUUUAAUGGAGCCACCAGAAAGGCUUCAAGGUGUUGAAAUGGAUGCCCACUCGUCAAAGAAGGAGCUUUUCAAAGCAGAAACCAAAUUCUGGGAUGACAUAGUUGAAGGUUAUAUUCGUGUUUUUAAGUGGAGAAAGUUCAAACUCCGGAAUGUGUUGGACAUGAGGGCUGGAUUCGGAGGGUUUGCAGCGGCAUUGAUUAAUCGUAAACUUGAUUGCUGGGUGAUGAAUGUCGUUCCUGUUAGUGAGCCAAACACACUUCCUGUAAUCUAUGACCGGGGACUUCUUGGAGUGGCUCAUGACUGGUGUGAACCAUUCGAUACAUAUCCAAGGACUUAUGAUCUUCUACAUGCAUUUGGCCUAUUCUCAAAGGAACAGAAAAGAUGUAACAUCUCAAGUAUCUUGCUGGAGAUGGAUCGAAUACUCAGACCUGGCGGUAGGGCUUAUAUCCGCGACCUAAAAGAAAUUGUACAGGAGAUCAAAGAAAUAGCAAACGCCAUGGGAUGGCGAGCUAUCAUACGUGACACUGCAGAAGGCCCAUAUGCUAGCAGGAAGGUUUUGAUGUGUGACAAGCCGAUGGUGCGAUAGCCGAUCAGGCUGGCCGUUCCGACAUUUGCAUGCUCCAGUACAAUGAUGCGAGCCCCGGGUUUAACUUUCUGGAGCCAAUUUGUUUGGUUCUGGAGCCUUUUGAACUGACUACACAGCCACUACGGACUGGAGAUUGACAUAGGAUAGGUGAAGCUCAAUGUUGUAGCUAUUCAAUUUGACUCGUCAUUCGUUUGUCCAAUGACCGAUAUAGCCCCUAACGCUUGGCCUGUUUUUGUUGUAUCAUCUACAAAAGUUGUGAAAAGGAGUUGGGAAGGUUUUUGAGAGAUCUUAUAUAUCCUUGUUGAAAGCAGCAACUCUGUUAUCUUUCUUGCGUGUAAGGGCAUGUAUAAAAAUGUUUAUUAGUUGAUUCUUUGCAUCGCCAGUAAAACAAAUAUGAUGACAUAAAGAGAAGGAAAGAGAAAUGUGAUUGUUACUUACGACAACUGUUCGGAGUGGACUUUUAAUUUUUAGCUUUCAUUGAAGUAAAUUUUGUU